AUGGCAGAAAGCGAAAGAUCUGCUCAACCAGAGCAACAAAAAUACGACGAAGAAGAGUAUGGUCUUUAUCCUUACGACGUGUUAAUCAUGAAAUGGCUUCCAGAUACCGAUCCGCUGAGUCUCGAUAAAUUCACAGGUUCAGGAUCGAUACAGGACUCAAAUUUACCACGACUUUGGUCGACGUUAUUGGAUGCGAGACGCCGAGAGCUAGACGCUAGUUCUUUAGACGAGGUCUCCCUGACCCCCGCAAAGCCUUGGCCGUUGCCUCCUUUACGCCCACGCAGCCAGCUUGAACCUGGUGUUGAAGAAUGA